GCCAUCGCGUUCGCUGUCGUCUUCUCUGCCUGGCUAGUUUUGUAUUAUCUUUGUUUUGAGCUACACGCUUUCCCAUAAAUUUUCUCUCAAUCAGUCUCAGUCAGUCCCAAUAUAAUAUCUAGUAAAAUAUCAAACCACAAGAACACUCACCGGAUAGUUUGGUAUAGUGUAAGGAAAAAGUGUGUAGUGCUGCUUGUCGGAAAGUGGCCGUAAUUAUAAUUUAUAAUUCGACGGCGGUUUUCGAGGAGAGGGUUUCUGCUCUGCGGGAAAUUCGCGAACCGAACCGAAGGAACGACGGGAAAAAGGAUUGAUUGAUGCCCUUCUUCCCAAAGUGAGGAGUUCCGCGGGUUGUGUUUUGUUAGUGAUGGUGGAUUUAAAGUUCUGAAUUCUGACGGAUUGUGAAGCUGGGAUGCAGUGGUUUUUCGUGGGGAAUUGAUAGGAGCCAAAGUUGGUUCUUGAAAUUCGAAGGAAUAUUACGGGUGGAUUAAUUUAAAGCUGGAUAAAUCGUGAAGUUCUGUGAUACGAGUGGUGCGAAUUGCGGAUUCUGAAAGGGGGCGGAUGAAAAUACUUUUCCCCCGUCUGAUUUGAUAGAUUUUCAUCUGUAAUCCGACGAGACACUCGGCUUUGCACACGGAUUGAGGAUCAUCAUCCCACGGGCCGCAAAAAAAAAAACAAGGCAGAAGAAGUGCCCAUUCCAAUCCCGGCAAUUGAUACACUUCAGUGCGGUCUCGGCGGAAUACGACGAUACGCGCCAAGCACAAGACACACGAGACUCUCAUACAGAUAGACCGUACGCGGGUGACUGUGUGCCCAUCGUCGAUUGCCGGAAGGAUACGGCAGAUCCGUGAUUUUGAUAUUCAUCCCACAUCGACCUAAUUGAUUCUGGUCCUUCUUGAAAAGGUUCGAUUCUUUCCUUGGCGUUUCUUAAAAGCGUUUUAAUUUACUUAAUCCUUCGGCGCGACGCGUACGACACAACCUUACAUAGCCUUCUUCCAACAAUAACGCACGGCGGUGGUAAGAGUACAACAGUGUGUGCGAAGUGUAAACUCGGGAGUGUAAGAUCAAACCAACAAGAAGAAAAAAAAAGUGCGACGACAUUGAGUGAGCUGCUGUUUGCAUAUACACACACACAAAAUCCGACCGGAAACCUGCAAAAGAAGCAAUACGCGCGUACAGAAGGCGAAGAAAAAGCUCCCGCGCGCGGCUAAAGAUACCGGAAAAGUUUCCCAAUUAAUCAAGUUUUUACUCGGGCCCUUCCCCAGCGCAAAAGAAAAGGUGGAAAUUCUAGCGGAACCGUCGACGGUAACGACAGCAACAAUUACAACAACAACAAUCGCAGCAGCAAUGGAGGAAGCCAAGGCCAAGCUCACCGAGAUCAACCUGUCCGACGACCCGGCAGUCACGCUCACCAUCCGGCUCAUCAUGCAGGGCAAGGAAGUCGGAAGUAUAAUUGGCAAAAAAGGAGAAAUUGUCAAACGAUUCAGGGAAGAGUCCGGCGCGAAAAUCAACAUAUCAGAUGGAUCCUGUCCGGAGCGAAUCGUCACGGUGUCCGGUUCCAGAAGUGCUAUCUACAAAGCCUUUACACUGAUCACAAAGAAGUUCGAAGAGUGGUGUUCACAGUUCCAAGACAAUACUAAUGCACAGGGUAAAACACAAAUUCCAAUCCGCUUAAUCGUACCAGCUAGUCAGUGUGGUUCUCUGAUCGGAAAGGGUGGCUCCAAGAUUAAGGAAAUCCGCGAGAUUACAGGGUGCUCGAUUCAGGUCGCUAGCGAAAUGUUGCCAAAUUCGACGGAGCGUGCCGUCACGUUGAGCGGCUCGGCGGACGCCAUCACGCAGUGCAUCUACCACAUAUGUUGCGUUAUGCUGGAGUCGCCCCCGAAAGGUGCCACCAUCCCAUACAGGCCGAAGCCGCAGAUGAACGGACCGGUCAUAGUAGCAAACGGCCAGGCGUACACCAUCCAGGGCAACUACGCCGUUCCAGCACAGGAGAGAUACUUUGCUCCCGUCCGUACCUGCACAGUAUUUCCACUAGCCAUAGCCGGUGGCUUGCAUGCGGCAGGCAUCUCAGGUUUAGCCGAUCCAUUACUAAAAGGAACACAUCUACAAGGAGCGAUACCUCCACAUCAUCUACAACCGAUACCUGAUGUCGGCGGACUCGCCAAAAACCCACUUGCAGGACUGGCAGCACUUGGGCUUGCUGGUGCCAUUCCGACUAACACCGGUGGACUGAAUCCAACAGCUGCUGUUGAUGUUAAAUCUCCCAACUGUACCGCUCUUGCAGCGCUGGCCGGAUCCCAGCUGCGGACCAACAACAACCGCAACGUCCAGUCCCAGGUUCAGUCCCAGUCCCACGAGAUGACAGUGCCAAACGACCUGAUCGGGUGCAUCAUCGGCAAGGGCGGUACCAAGAUUGCCGAAAUCCGCCAGAUCUCCGGUGCCAUGAUCCGCAUCUCCAACUGCGAGGAACGGGACAGCGGAAACACCGACCGAACCAUCACCAUCACCGGAAAUCCAGAUUCGGUGGCCCUGGCGCAAUAUCUGAUCAACAUGAGCGUCGAACUGCAGAAGGCGAACCUGGGCGAUGAAGCCGCCGGCUCGGGAACCACUGGCACCGGUUCCGCGGUGAAUCCCCUACUCCCGACCACCAGCAGCGGCUCCGGUUCCGGUAGUUCGGGGUCCGGUUCCAAUAGUGCCGCUGCCAGUGCCAUCGCAAGCAAUCCGCUUGCCUCGGCCAUUCCGUUGGCCCAGCUACUCUCCAAACCCGGUGCGCUGAAUGCAUUGACCAGCCUGUCGGCCCUCGGCGGAUUGUCCGACCUGCUCGGUAAUCUGUCCAGCGGGGCCUCCGGAGUCGGGUUGACCGCCAUUCAGACCACCGGCGUCAAUCGGCCGAAAACGACCCGGAUGAGGUCCCCGAACAGCAACACCAGCAUGAAUGGCGAUAGCAAUAAGAAGAGCGAGCGCAAUAAAUUUAAUCCCUACUAGGAAGGGACAGCUCCCGAUGCACUUUGUAUGGGCGGGAUGGUCGUGGAGCUUAAAACUAACUUCCGAGAGUAGGAUAACAGUGUAGGAGAAGGCGCCGGAAUCCUGCGCAAAUAUAUGAAUAGAUGUGUGUACGCUAGCGGUAGACUGUGUAGGGACAAAGUUUAAUUGAGACGACACUUUGGAGGAAAAAAAAAGUCCUGCCAAUUCUUUCCUCGAUCGGAGGAAUCGAAGUGGAGAAAGUCAAACAUGAAUUUAUUAUAAAGAGCACUGACGAUUGGUAUAGGAAAAUUUCGUAGAAUUUCUUUUCCCCGUCGGAUUAUGCGCGAAUGCACUCUGCGGAGGGUUUUUCCAGUUUACAAAGUACGAGAUCCCUGGGAAGGAUCUGGUAGCGAUGGAAGAAUCAGCUGAAGCAGACGAGAUAAAAGUUUUAUUUAUAGAAUUUAAUUCAAUUAAGAUUUAAAAUAGGAUCACGAUCAGCAGUCUACAGUGCGGCAAUGAAAGAGAGCCAGAUAGUAGACGUCGUAGAAUGUAGAAAAGGGCAGAAUCGUUUAAGCUUUUAUUUUUUUCGUUGGUUUUGUGCCCUCGGUACCAUUCUACUCGAGAUAGCCAACAUUCAUCCAGCAGUUUGCGUUCCGUAGAGUUUGAUGGCCGCGUGCUAUAGCUAUAAUUAGUGCCGUCGCGAAAUGUUUGCAGAUUCUUUGUUUUUUUUUCUUUUCAAAGCCAUAGGCGCUGGUAGUUUGCUUUAAAAUUAACUACAAUCGUCUGUCACCGAAUAUUUCAGUAUGAUUCACAUUACGGUUCUAAUUAAUUGUAAUUAUUGUAUAUUUAAAAUGAAUCGACGGCUUGAAUCGCUUGGCUCCUUAGGAGAGUAGAUGAGUGGCAUUUGAAUAAGGUAGUGAGGCAAACGUCUCCAAUAGAUUGUUGGCUUCUAAUAAAAGUUGACUUCGAGAUUAAAAUCGGUAAAA